AUGCAGCAAGCCAACCUCCCCUCGGAGACAUCCAACCAUGUCAUCACAUGCCGGGUAGCUAUUGCCUGGACAGCAAAUGCCCCACUCUCCAUUGAAGAGGUUGAUGUUGAUCCACCAAAGGCUGGUGAGGUUCGAAUUAAGAUUAUAUCCUCUGGGAUCUGUGGUACUGAUAACCACAUCCUGGAAGGAAGAAACGAAGUACCACUUCCUGCUAUUCUGGGCCAUGAGGGAGCUGGAGUUGUGGAGAGUAUUGGACAAGGUGUAACUACUGUAAAGCCAGGAGAUAAAGUCUUAAUGCUCCUUCUCCCGGAGUGCAGAGAGUGUGUAUUUUGCCUGCACCCUAAGGGCAACAUCUGUAAGAAAGAAAAUGUUCUCUCUCCAACUGGAUUAAUGUUGGAUGGAACCAGCCGAUUUACCUGCAGAGGGAGGAAGAUUUAUCAUCUGUAUGGCACUAGCACAUUCACAGAAUAUACCAUGGUGCAUGAAAUAGCAGUGGCUAAAAUUGAUGCUGGUGCUCCUAUGGAUAAAGUCUGUGUCCUGAGCUGCGAGGUGCCAACAGGCUUUGGAGCUGUGUUUAACACAGCACAGGUCACCCCCAGUUCUACCUGUGUAGUUCUUGGAUUGGGAGGAAUUGGCUCAGCUAUUGUUAUGGCCUGCAAAGCCUCUGGUGCUUCUAGAAUCAUUGGGGUUGACAUUAAUGAAGAGAAGUUUCCCCGGGUAAGAACCUUAGGAGUCACUGAUUGCCUCAACCCACAGAAGCUCACGAAGCCGGUCCACGAGGUGGUGAUGGAAAUGACGGAAAUUGGAGUUGACUUUUCCUUUGAGGCCAUUGGACUCAUUGAAACCAUGGUCACAGCUUUGAAGUCAUGCCAUGUGAGUUAUGGAGUGUGUGUAAUUAUGGGAGUAGCGCCCACAGAUGCACAGCUCUCCUUUGACCCGGUGGUGCUUCUCCCAGGGAGAACCCUGAAGGCUUCCAUUAUGGGAGUAUCUGCUGUGUCCUCUUAUUCUGAGACCCAGAUGAUGAAGAUGGAGCCCAGCAUCCUUGGCAAUGCUCUUUCAUGCUUCUUUAUCUCCUCGAUGACUCAGUUGCAAAAUAUGGAGAUCAAAAUCGGAAAGAUCGUAUUUACAGAAUUUUAA